UAUGAAAACCGAAGGGGAAGCACAGAACAAAGGACCGAAAUCAAGGGUUGCUCGUACUGUAUUGGAUUUUUGUCAAAAUAGCUCAUUUCACGCCAUUUCCUAUAUUGGCGAUCGGAAGCGACGCUUUGUUGAACGCACUUGGUGGUUUGCCGCAUUAAUCGCAAGCGUAUCGUUGUGCAUAGUCUCGAUUUACAGUAUCUGGUGCAAAUGGUGUGAGAAUCCUGUGAUUGUAAGCAUGAGCAACAAACCAAUGUCAGUGGGUGAAAUUCCAUUUCCCGCUGUAACUAUUUGUCCAUUGACGAAAUUUUCUACGAAAUUAUUCAAUUUUACACAAGCUUAUCGAUCCAUAUUUGAGCUUGAUGACAACCACACACAGCCAAUCACUGAAGAAGAGUUAAAUCUUAUGAAAAUCGCAAGUCAAAUUUGUGACAACACUUUUGCUGGCGAUGUUCUUGAAAACUUCACUGACAUUUACUCCGAUCACCGAAUGUUAGAAAUAAUUCGUGAUUUAGCACCUUCAUUCGAUGACACAAUGUUUGAUUGUAAAUUUCUUGGCGAAACCAAAUGUGAAAAACUUUUUUUUCCAAUUGUCACCGAAGAGGGACUGUGCUACACAUUCAAUGCGAUGAGUGUGAAAGAAAUUACAACUGAUAAGUUGUCUUCGGAUUUUUUAAGAAUUGGUCCGAACAGUUCAUCUUCAUCGAACUGGGAUAUGUAUGCCGGUUAUAAUGAUUCAAAUGGGGCUGAAUCGUAUCCCAACCGUGUGUAUGGCACAAGUGUUCAGUCAGGCAUUUCAGUUAUACUGAAAGUUUUAAAGGAGAACAUUGAUCCACUGUGUGCCGGUGGGAUAAAUGGUUUCAAGGUGACUUUUCAUCCACCCCAAGAAGGGCCACAAAUUUGGGAGAAAUUCUUUCACAUUUCACCGGGAAAAUCAGCAAUAUUUACAAUUAAUCCAAAUGUAAUAGAAACAUCACAAGCUGUACUCAGGUACAGCCCUGAUAUUCGGCAGUGCUAUUAUAAGUCCGAACGUCUGCUUCGAUUCUACAGACAUUACACACAACGCAAUUGUGAAGUGGAAUGCUUGGCUAAUUUUACUCUGGCCCAAUGUGGAUGCAUAGAAUUUUCAAUGUCAAGAUCGAACGAGACGAAAAUCUGUGGCCCUGGAAAGAUUUCUUGUUGUAGCGAUGCUAGUCAGGAAGUAUUUACCAGUGGUGCAUUUGAUAAAUGCAAGUGUUUGCCAAGUUGUUCCACAAUUUCGUACGAUGCGGUCGCUACACAAGGAGAUUACGAUUUAUCCAGUGCUUGGUCCAAAUCGAAAUAUCAAACAAAAUUCAGUUUUGAUAAUUCAACAUUCAGUCGUUUGGUAAUAUUCUUCAAAGAGGAAAUGUUUAUUCCCAUGAAGCGCACCGAAUUUUAUAGUCUGUCAUCAUUUCUGGCAAGCUCCGGUGGAUUAUUUGGACUAUUUUUGGGUGCAUCUCUCUUGAGCUUCAUUGAAUUGAUUUAUUAUUUUUCGUUUCGCAUUUUCUUCCCGCCAAACGAAAAGAUGGGUAUCAACGAGUGAAAUUCUUACAUCAUCAUCAAUAUAACUAACCGAGGCUGCUAGUUUAAUUCGGUGGUACCCAAGUCUAAUUUAAAAAGAGAGUACACUGUUUCAUGUAU